AUGGUGAAAGUUUCUCCUCGGCGAGGCGUGCUUCGAUUCCGAAAACAAGUGUAUAGUCUCCUCCACCUCCACCUCCACCUCUCACCGCCUUCAAUGGCGAUGCCCUUCCAUGUAAAUAUUCUUGAGAAAUGCCAUGUAUCUCCGCCACCGGAUUCCAUUAUACCUCCAAUCUCACUUCCCCUAACCUUCUUCGACAUUCCAUGGCUUCUCCACCCCUCAAAUCAAACCCUCUUCUUCUUCCCUAAACCACCUGCCAAAUCCUCCACCACCACUGUAAUCUCCCUCCUCAAACAAGCGCUCUCUCUCACCCUCCACCAUUUCCACCCUCUCGCCGGAAACCUCUCAGCUCCACCACCUCCGGCCGAACCCCACAUAGUUUACAACAAAGGUGACUCCGUCUCACUCACCAUAGCCGAGUCAAAUGCCAACAUCAGCCAUCUUUCCGGCAACCACCCACGAAGCAUCACCAUGCUUUACUCACUUCUACCAAAACUCCCUUUCCCAUCCAAGUCACGUGACACCCACGUGGUCCUGGUUCUCCCUCUUCUUGCCAUCCAGAUUACUGUCUUUCGCGAUCUGGGAUUUUCCGUCGGAGUCACGGCCCAACAUGCAGCAGCCGAUGAAAGAACACUGGACCAGUUCAUCAAGUGUUGGGCUUCUGUCUGCAAAUCUUUGUUGAAAAAGGACUCUUUCUUUGCCUUCAAACCACAACCUUUCUUCGAUCGGACCAUAAUUUUGGACCCCAAUUCGCAUAAAACGACGUUCUUGAAACAAUGGUGGCACCGACGACUCAUGAAUUCUCCGAAAGAUUCCCAUCAAGAAAUUAUUGGUCAUAACAUCGUUCAAGCCACCUUCAUCUUGAGUUCAUCAGACAUUAACAUGAUCAAACAUCACAUUCUCGCAAAAUGCAAGACGAUAAAAGAGGAUCCACCGGUACAUUUAUCACCCUACGUAAGUGCAUGUUCUUUUAUAUGGGUCUGUUUACUAAAAUCUGAAGAAGAAACCUACGAUUCAAAGGGUACAACGACUCCUCUCUAUAUAGGGUUCAACGCAGGUGGGAUUACUCGUUUAGGGUAUGAAAUACCCUCAAGUUACUUCGGGAAUUGCAUAGCUUUUGGGAGAUGUAAGGCACUGGGGAGUCAAUUGUUGGGUGAAGAUGGGGUUGUUUUUGCAGCCAAAUCGAUCGGAAAAGAGAUUAAGAGGCUGGAUAAGGACGUUUUAGAGGGUGCAGAAAGGUGGAUUUGUGAAUGGGAUGAAUUGAACAUUAGGGUUCUUGGUUCACCAAAAGUUGAUUCAUAUGCGAUGGAUUUUGGGUGGGGGAAAGUUGAUAAGGUUGAGAAGUUAUCAAGCGAUGAUCACCAUGGGAGGGUUAAUCAUGUAAUUUCACUGACUGGAAGUAGGGAUCUGAAAGAUGGAAUGGAGAUAGGAGUAGUUCUUUCUAGGGCUACAAUGAAUGCAUUCACUCGUCUCUUCAGUGGUGGUCUAUUAGAACUUGCAAUUUCAUGAUGACUGGAAUUGGGAUCCAAGAAAGAUGAUCAGUACAAUAAA